GCACAUGUGCCAAAACAAAACAAAUUUGCCGACUUUUAUUUGAGUUAUUCUUGUUAUUAAGGUUAUAAAAAGCCAUCAAGCUGAGUAGCAUGCAAGUGGAGAAUCUGUACACUUCGGUGGCCUGCAACCGCUGCACGGAAUGCGCGGAUUGGGGUCCAAACGGGUGGAUUGCCUAUGGAGCCUGCAAUGCCAUAGCCGUAAUGGAUCCAAAGUUCCAAGGCAACUCGGCCAAGAUUUUGUUCACCCUGGUGGAGCACACAAAGCGAGUGAAUACCGUAAAGUGGCUGGAUCACGGGAAACUUCUCUCCGGUGGCGAUGAUGCAAAUGCGCUUUUUUGGGAGCUAAGUGAAACGGGAGCCACCAAGAGCAUCCCACUGAAAGGCCACACAAGCGGGGUAAACGCAGUGGAUGGAGUGCGUCGGCAGGAUGGAUCCUGGCUUCUGGCCACCGCAGCAGCAGAUAGCACCAUCAAAUUGUGGACUCUGCAGGAGGACACUUGUGUGUGCUUCCAAACUAUAUCAUUAGCUGGUGGAUUCUGUUUCUCCCUUCGCCUGAAAUUGCUGCCCAAGAGCAAUCACGUCCUCCUGGCCUUCAGUGGCGAUGACGAAACUGUUUCCCUGUGGACGGAGCAAGUAGAGGCCACAGGUGGUGGCGAUUCACUGGGUCUGCAGUUCCAACGCGUCCACAAACUCACUGGCCACGAGGAUUGGGUUCGCGGCCUGGAUUUCGUUGACGAUGGAGAGGACUUGCUGCUGGCCAGCGGCUCGCAGGAUAACUUCAUCCGUCUCUGGAGGAUUGCGCCCCGCAGCGAGGAGCAAAUGCGGGAAAACCGGAUGGAUCUGCUGCAGCUCAGCGAGAACGACACCGAGAUAAAGGUGGAGGAAAAGAUACUGCAGCUGGGGAAGGAGGCCUGGUAUGCAGUGAGCUUGGAAUCGGUUCUAUAUGGCCACGAGGGCUGGAUUUAUGGGGUUCACUGGCACAAGACACAGGAACAGGAACUGCGCCUUCUAUCCGCCUCCAUUGACAAGACCCUCAUAGUUUGGGCACCCACGGAGCAGGGCGUUUGGCUGGAGCAAGUGCGCGUCGGCGAAGUGGGCGGCAACUCGAUGGGCUUCUUUGGUGGCAAGUUCUCCGGCGAUGGACACUCAAUCAUGGCCCACAGCUACCAAGGAGGCUUUCAUAUCUGGAAUCAGGAUGCAAAUCGCCCGCAACUCUGGACCUCCAACGUCAUUGUCGGCGGUCAUUACGGCGAGGUGAGGGAUCUGGCCUGGGAACACGACGGCGCCUACUUGAUGACCGUCUCAGCGGAUCAAACAACGCGACUGCAUGCUCCUUGGCUGCAGGGCAAUGCUAAUCCCACGUGGCACGAAUUGGCCCGUCCACAAGUUCAUGGUUACGACAUGCAGGCGUUGGCUUUGCUUUCGCGCUAUAAAUUCGCCAGUGGAGCAGAGGAAAAGAUUGUGCGUACAUUUCAGGCGCCAGCGAACUUCAUUGAAAACUUCCGUCACAUCAGCGGGAUAAAGAAGGAUGAUGCUGGAGAUGCCCUACUGGAUUCCCUUCCCAAAGGAGCUUCUGUGCCUUCUCUUGGCCUGUCAAACAAGGCUGUGUACAAAGUAGAAACCGACAAUGAUUCCUCCAGCAAGGGCAAAGAUGAGUAUCCGGACACUUAUUUUGUUCCCAUUACUUUGGAAACGCCACCGCAGGAGGAGACUUUAAUGCAAAAUACACUUUGGCCAGAGCUGCAAAAGCUUUAUGGCCAUGGUUACGAAAUCUUUGCACUGGCUGCCACUGCAGACGGUUCCGUCUUGGCCUCCACCUGCAAAGCCAGCAAUGCCGAGCAUGCUCAGAUAAUACUAUGGAACCCUUUAAAUUGGAAACAGUUGCAGAAGCUGAGUGGCCACCAACUGACAGUCACCCAGCUGAGUUUCUCCCCCGAUGGGCGAUAUCUGCUAUCCGUCUCCCGCGAUCGUCGCUGGUGUCUCUACGAGAGGCUGGACUCCUCCGUGGGAUACCAACUGGUGGCCAGCACGGAUAAAACCAAUGGAGUUCACACCCGCAUCAUUUGGUCUUGCGAUUGGUCGCACGAUGGAAAGUUCUUUGUGACCAGCUCGAGGGAUGGAAAAGUAGUGGCUUGGAAGAAGGGAGAAGACAGCAAGGAAUCUUCGCUCAAUGGCUGGCAGGCGGCUGGAGUUCUGGACCUCAAAAAUGAGUCAAUCACAGCUGUGGCUUUUUCCAGUAAUUAUCUAAGCGAAACCGAUGAGACAUACAUUCUCGCCUUGGGAACGGAAACCGGGCUGAUAAAAAUAUAUCAGUUGGCGCGGGGAGAAUGGAAGUUACUCAGCGAUUUGAAUAAGAGCCAAGCUCAUCAUCUCACCGUUCGGCGACUGCAGUUCCGACCUGGCAGUACACUCCAGCUGGCGAGUUGCGGAGAGGAUCAUUUGGUGCGCAUCUACGACAUAAAGCUCACAUGAGUUUGACUACAUGUGCAUUAAAGUAGCCUCAUUAACUCCAAUCGCUGUGUUUAAUUAGAAGUCAUCUGCAGACAGAGUGGAAAGGUGAUGGGUCUCGUCUCGCCUGGUUUAUCUCAAUGUCGCUAUCUAAUCUGUAGCAAUUUGCCGCGUUCGGGGUUCUCCCUGGGCUUCUGGUUU